UAUUCACAACUCUUCUUGGCCUUGGUGAUUCAGCAGCGACUAGUAAUAGCUGUCGUUAUGAAUUUGAUAAAUUUCCGAAGUCAUUACGUUACUUUCCUGACCAUCCUAUGUUGUGCGUCAAUUGAGACAUUUGCUCAUUCGAAAUUCUAUGUCAAUUUGAUGAAAACAACCAACUUCGCAGGAGAAAACGUGGAACAUGAACCAGCCGCAGCUCCUGAUACGGUUAAUAACCAUCGUCCGCCACCUAAGCUCCGGGGUAGUAACGGCGCAAACACCGAUAGAAUUUUCCGAGCAAUUUGGGACCUUCCAAACUCCUGCAAGGAACGUUUUGGCAUAGAGUUGCCGCUGUCGGAUUUCGGGAUUGAAUUUAACAGUAAUCACCAAGGUACUGGUGGCAAUGUGAUCAACCUGUUCUAUUCAAACGAGCUUGGACUGUAUCCUCGUUACGAAUACGCAGCUGGCAGUAAAAGUACUAAAAGUACACCCAUUCCCAUCAAUGGAGGAUUGCCACAGCUAGCCAACAUCACCCAGCACCUAGAGAAAUCUGCAGCAGACAUCAUGAGCACCAUCCCAGACCCAAACUUUGAUGGUGUCAGCGUCAUUGACUGGGAGGCUUGGCGUCCCCAGUGGCAUGAUAACUUUGACACGCUUGCUGUCUACCAACAAGAGUCCAUUGCCCAUGUGAAAAAGAUGCAUCCUGAGUGGGACAAUGCCACGGUUGAAUUGGUUGCAAAGCUGGAGUGGACCGAGGGUGCCAAGCUGUUUAUGGAGAGCACUCUGAAACUGGGAACGACCCUGCGACCGAAGGCUUCAUGGGGCUACUAUGCGUACCCGUACUGCUUCAAUAACAAAGAAACAGCUAACAUGAGUUGCACAGCUACAGCAGUGGCAACUAACAAUGAUGUCAUGUGGUUGUUCAACGAGAGCAGUUCCCUCUAUCCUUCCAUCUAUCUCAGACCGACACACACCAAUCAGAAAGCAUAUGUCAAGAGCAAGUUGGAGGAGGCCUUCAGAGUGAGAGAUAGAUCCGGUGACCCUCAAGGAGUUGUCUUCAGCUACACCAGAUUCAACUACAGCCACACAGGUUUCUUCUAUAGUCUGGAAAACUUGAACGACACCAUUCUCCAGUCUGCCGAGUUGGGAGUCGAUGGUGUCAUAUUUUGGGGGGACAAUUUUGAUGACAAGAGUGCUGAGGCUUGUUCGCAUUUACAGAGCUAUAUCAAGAGUGCCUUAGGUCCGACAGUGAGGAUGUCGCAGGAAGGGGCGGAGUCUUGCAGCAAGAGGAUAUGUAGUGGAAAGGGGCGUUGCGUCGGGGAUAUAUUGAAAUGCGGGGGAACAAGAAGGUUGCCUGCAGGAGCAAGGAGAAAGGGUACUGAGGAGGGGGAUAGAGGGGGGAAUGUCUGCACCUGUAGAUGUUUCAGAGGUUGGACAGGCAAGGAUUGCAGUGUACCAGUAAAAGAAAAGUUAAACAAUUAAUUAAAAAUACAGAGUGAAUGAGAAAAGGAUCCAAAUGUCAUGAAUUUUAUGGCAGUUGUGAAGAUCGAGCACAAAGUGUCAGCUAGAGCUAGUUCUCUAUUUUUGUAAACAAAUAUAUAUUUUUUUUAAAUAUUACAUUCCAGGAUUAAUUUCCAAGAAAUAUUUUAUAGAUUGAGAAAUAUAUAAACAUGAAACCAUGGGGACAGUUUCAAAUUUACACAAUCAUGAUAAUAUACGUGCAAAUGCAUGAUAAUGUUCUGAGGAAUAUGAAUUGAACAAAUUCAUGUAUAAAAAAAAUUGCAAGGGAAAAUACCACGUACAUGAAAUCCUAAUUCUUUUCAAAAUGGUGCUGGCAAUAUGGUUUUGAUCUUCAGAAGUAAAAAAAGACAUAACGUAGUAUGCAAAAUAGUAUGCAUUUAGUAUAUUGAUUUUGCUCAAACAUUUACGCUCUUCAAUUUAAAUCUCUAGUGCUACCGGGCGUGCAAACUUGUAUCCCAAAUCCAAAUUUGUGAGAUGAAAGGUUCAGUGCAUAUUAUAUCUGUACAGUGCUUAGACACAUCGUUGUAUCGAUGUAUUGGGCGCUAAAUAAAAGCGGAAAAUUAUUAGAUUACUAAAUUUUAAGGUUGGUAGAAGCUUAAACUACCCGUCAUGAUCACACCAACCAAUUACAUGCUUUUGUAUCAACUCUUCAGUCCUAGUGCCUUUCCUAAAUUGUUCAUUUUCUUGUGUAUACUGAAUAGUUACAGAGAGGGGAUACAUGUAGAUUAGUAGUCCAUGGAGAUAUAAAACAGCGAAGCUUAUAUUCGAUCUCUGUGGCGGGACAAAAAUUCAUCAGGAAUACCGGUACUGGUACAGUAACUGACUGGUCAGCUGGUAAUCUUGUCAAAGCUAACAAGAAUUUGACUGUGUACUGCUAUGACUGAAAAACAUGACAACAGUGACAUGUGGCCUAUGACUAGGACAAAAAUCUCGCUCAGCAAAACAUCCUUCCCACCCAUUCAGGGAAUUUUCCACAUGAAUACAUAAACAUUAUGUUAACUCUCGCUAUAAUCUUUGUAACCUUUAGCCAGGUAAAAGAUCGCGAUCGAUCUUCGUAAUCGGAUGGCGGUAUCCUGAAGUUGGCAUUACACCUUCACAUUGCAAACUUUAGCGUCUGGUCCUGGAUAUAUACAUGUAAGAGCUAUAUAAGACUUGGAACAGUUAACUGCUUCAACGAAACCACUCGUGAUUUUGAAUGUCACUUCUUACUUUCCUUCAUCUGUUCCCCAUCUAAGGUAAGCACAUGCUCCAAAUGCAAUCACUGAUGCAUCACAAAGAUGCGUAGGUUUGGCUUACCGACUGCAUCGCUAGGUGUCAGACAACUCUCCAAAUUCACAUUGUUAGGUGUCUGACAUCUCUCCAUUUUUACAUUGUUAAUUUUCUUCAUCUCUUUGAAGAACUGUUUCCAUUUAGAUUGACCGUUUUCUGACAGCUCAGCAUCCCAGUCAAGUCCUUCCUCCCACAGCUUUUGCAGUCCUACAUGUAUCUUAAAUUGUACUACGAAAGCUGCUGCUCAUCCAAUAGGGUCAAAUAUGAGAGCUAAUUGACUCAGAAUCCUUAUCUUUAAUUGUUAUUCUAUUGGCAUGGGUUAUAUUCUCAUUCAGACAUCUGAAUCAUCUCCCCCAUACAACCCUGAGGACCUUUUCAUCACUGAAUGUUUUCAGCAGUUUGGGACAUCUUUUCUCUGCCUCAUGUCGUGACAAAGGUUUGUUAGAUCUCCAUUCUUUCACAUGGAAGCCUCCAUCAACCAGGAUAGUGUUGACAUCACUGCUAAGCUCCUCAGCCUCAGACGUCUUUGGUACAGAAAUACAAAUAUUAUCUUGUCUUAUAUAUUCUGUGGUUUAGGGCUGACGCUGCUCGUGAAUACUUCCUUGCCCCCUCUGUUGUCUUCCCCGAAGCCAUCUGUGCCAUGGUUGGGGCCGGUUUAUCACCAAAUGUGACGACUUUCAUCACAAUUACCUCACGAUUCUGUUUUUGACUCAGAUUAUUCCAGAGGAAGCGAUGAAAAAGUUACCCCCUCUCUGGUAUUAUUACUCUGUGAUACAUCUUGGAUAUGUCUGCGCACAGAGCCCCAUCAUGUUCUCUUAAUCUCAACAACACCUGAACAAGCUGUUGAACACGAUUCGGAAGGGCGAGCUUUUCUUCUCGGGUCUUACGAUGGCAUGAUGAGAUAUGUAGUACACAGGGCCAGUGUAUGACUCAGAUUCUUUAUCAGAAAGCUCCUGGCAAAAUUCAUCCACGCCAUCUCCUUUAUCUCAUUUAAUAAUUCAUUCAUUUUAUUUCCAAUUCUUGUAAAAAUUUCAUUCAACAAUACAUUAUAC